CUUUAAACAGCCAAAAGGCCGAAAGUCGAGUGCCACGUUCGUCACGUUCGUGCAGGGGCCCAGUUGAGCGUUGCGUAUAACUGCACGCGCCCGCUGUUUGCUGCUCGAGUGACUGGAAGUCUGGCAAGUACGUACGCGUGCCUGCAAACCAAGAAAGCACACCUGCGCGACGACGGCAGCCUCCAGAGUCUCGGAAUCCAGAGCCGUUGGGAUUCGAUCCAAGCGUGAACGGCCUAGCCUAGCCAUUGACGGCGCUUGAUCGCAGAAAAUCACUGCGACCUCCUUCAGCCACUAUUAUUGUCUACGCGCGUAUCAUCUUGCGUGCGAACGACGUCAUUCCUGAGAGCUUUCCCACCGCGCAAGCUUUCACCGACCACCUCGCACCGCUAUCCUCACGCGACGCAUCGUCAACGCUCCCGGCGCAUUCAUUCUGCUUGCGCGCGCACACAGCUCAGCCAAUUGAGGAUCAGGCAGCGUCACAAUGUCCGGCGCAGGCCCAUCACUCUUUCCCGGGGAGGUCCCUGCAUGGACCGUCCUGAGGUUUCCCCCAGACGCUGCACCGCCGCCCAUCACGAACCCCUACAGCGGCGAACCGACCCUUGCGAACCCAUUCCAGAUCCCGCAGGACAUCUUUGAGAAGGCGCUCGACCCAAAGGUUCCCCUGACCAUCGCCGCCAUCUACGCCGUCUCUGUCACCUACCUCAACUGGUACAACCGCCAGCACGGCAACAAGCCGUGGAGGAUCGCGAGCCACGGCUGGUUCAAUGCAUUCGUCAUUGCGCACAAUGUCUUCCUCGCCGUCUACUCUGCGCUCACCUGCGUGGCUAUGUUCUACGGCCUGAAGGCGUCAUUCCCCAAUUGGAGGGAGCCCAAUGCCCUUGUUGGCACCGUCGACGCGCUCUGCAAGAUCCAGGGACCCCGAGGUCUCGGUGACGCCGUCACCUACAACCCGGAUACAAGCAGCUGGGGCAGCAGGAACACCAACAUCCACGUUGGGCCCAACGGUCUCCCUGACAGCACCGAUGUUGGCAGGAUGUGGAACGAGGGCCUUGCUUUCUGGGGCUGGUGGUUCUACCUCUCCAAGUUCUACGAAGUCCUCGACACCGUAAUCAUUCUGGUCAAGGGAAAGCGCAGCACUACUCUCCAGAAGUACCACCACGCAGGUGCCAUGCUGUCCAUGUGGGCUGGUAUGCGCUACAUGUCUCCGCCCAUUUGGAUGUUCGUCCAGAUCAACUCCGGUAUCCACGCCAUGAUGUACACUUACUAUACACUCUCUGCCCUUGGCUACCGCGUGCCCAACUUCGUCAAACGCACCCUCACCACGAUGCAGAUCACCCAGUUCCUCGUCGGUGCCAGCUUCGCCGCUGUCCACCUCUUCGUCUCCUACACGGUCCCGGUUUCGGUCGCACACAAAAUCGCUGAGACGGUCACCUCCAGCGUACAGCCUUCGUCCGUUGCGUCCAGCGUCUCUUCUGCUGUCCAGUCGGUUACUGAGACCGCCUCUGCGAUUCUGCCCACCUCAACUGGCCCGGCUCUUGCUUUCUUGUGGAAGCUCAUCUACCGCGCAGCUGGCGACGAGGGCCUCGCUGAGAAUAUCCCUGUGCCUGGCUCCUCAAUCAUUCCUGCCCAGCAGUCGCAAGUCCCGACCGCUGUCGCUGCCCUCGAGAACCCUGUCCAGCGCUUACUCCACCCCCUCCAAAGCACCCACAUCGUAGACAGGAUCGUUUACCGCACCGAGUACCAGCACGUUCCCUGCAUCGAUACCUCCGGUCAGGCCUUCGCGAUCUAUCUAAACUUGAUUUACCUUGCCCCGCUCACCGGUCUCUUCAUGCGCUUUUUCGUCAAGUCUUACUUCCGUAGAACGAACCCCAAGGCCAAGCACCAGUCCAAGCAUACCCCCAUCUCGAAGGCCGCUGGCGACGCUAUCCACGGCGUUGAGCGCGAGAUUGAGUCGAUCAGCGAGGAGGGUAAGAGCAACGGCAACAACAAGGGCUCUGUUCGCGGGCGCAAGGGCGUCAAUGGGGAUGUUAAGAACCCCCGUUCGAGCCUGAGCCCAUCGAAUCAGGAGCUCGUCGAUAAUAUCAAGCGCAAGGUUAGCCAGGCUUUGGACGAGACCACCAACAGCGUCAAGAGCACAACCGAGAAGGCACGGGGCAUUGCCGAUGACGUCGCCAGCAAGGCUAGCGAUGCUAAGGAGAAGGUCAAGCAGCAAGCCCAAGACGCAAACGACAAGCUCGAGCAGAAGGCCCAGCAGAACGCUGACGACGUCAAUGCCGAGCGGGAACAAGGCCCCAACGAUGUCGCUAGCACACCGACCAGCACACCCUCGAAGAAGAAGCGCAACAGGAACAAGAACAAGAACAAGAACGCCGACAGCGUGCAAAGCCUCAACGAUGUGUCUGAUGACGAGCACCCUGAGCGCAAAACUGAAAAGGAACCUGAGCCUAAGGAUAUCAACAACACCCUUGGCAAGAACGAGGGUAAGGGUCUGUUCUAGGCGUAUUACCUCAUGCCCUAGGGAGGGGCCAAGUGGAAACGACGAAGAAAACAAAAGAGGAGGAACGCUCGAGGAAAGGGAAGAGGAUGACAACUCUGCUCCAAGAAAUGUAUUAGUGCGACUUCUGCCACCUCUUUCAGGUAGAUCAAUAUGCAUGGUGUAGGCGCUGCAUAGAGGCGGGUUACGAGGGACCUCUUCGGUAUUGUAUAUCAAAAUCAGACACGGCGAAGGAACAAGUCAGCGUUUGAGCAAUGCAAUAUUUUU